AUAAUUGUAUGCGUCGGUUGGAAUUCACUUCACUCUUAAAGUUUCUGAAACAAUAUGGCAGACCAGCAGAUAGAACUAAAUGACCCUGCGACAUCAGAAGUGGGAUCUGCCUUGCCUACAAAUACCACCGAUGCAUACUUGGCAGCUUUACAACUGCAAAACAACAACCUUUUGCAGAUCAUUAAAAAUAUGCAGACACCAAGAGCUCCGGCAACUGAUGAAAAGGGAAAACAUGUAACUCUGCCAAAAUUUAAUCCUGAGGGAGCUGGAGCAGACGCCACAGCUUGGUGUACGACAGUGGAUCUCAUAUUUGCUGAUAAAAUGCCAGAAGGAAGCACCCUGAUGAUAAGUUUAAGUAAGGCGCUAGAGGGAAGCGCAUCACAAUGGCUGUCCCAAAUAUGCUUUGUGCAACGCUUUGUUGGCAUAGAAACGUCUGCGGCUAUACUGAUGAAAAUUUUGAACGGGCGACCAAAGUCUGGAGAAAGCUACACCGAGUAUGGCAGCCGAAUUGUCACCCUAAUAAUGUCAAAAUUUAAAUCUAAUGAUGGAGGAAAUCGCGUUUCCUAG